GCGGGGUGCGCGCGCCACUUCGCCUGGACCUUCGCUCGCUACCCCGCGGCCACGACCGUCUGCAAUGCAAGAUGUUGAUAGCUUGAUGCUUGUGGCAGGAGACAGCCACGGACUAUAAGUACACCUACCACUGCUGCUCGUCACGCCAUGCUCGAACGACGUCGCACUCGUCGCCUGAUUCGGAAGAGACUGUGGAGCAAUGGCUGCUGUGGAUACCCGUGAAGACGUGCCGGGCACGGAAUACUUGGUCGAUGUUGGACACCACCUCGACGUCAACCACGCCGGCCACGGAAACUCUGAUGUCGUGUUGAUUCCGCAACCUUCGCCCUGUGCGGGAGAUCCUUUGAACUGGUCGCGCGUCAAGAAAUACUACCAGCUGUUCCUGCUUGCCCUGUAUGCCUGCGUGUUUUCGUACGGCGAGAAUGGCCUCGGUUCGGCUUGGACGACUGUCAGUAAAGAAACGGGCGUCAGUCUUACCAACAUGAACGGCGGCAGUGCCCUCAACUACCUUCUUCUUGGCUUCGUCAACAUCUUCUGGAUCCCCGCCGCCAUGAAAAUCGGCCGCCGUCCCAUCUUCUUGGCCACGACGGCAAUCUGCAUAGGCGCCAGCGCCUGGCAGGGCAGCUUCCACGGCACGGCGCAAUGGAUGCUGUCGUGUGUGCUGGGCGGCGUGGGCACAAGCGCCUACCAAGCAGUCAUCCAGCUGUCCAUCUUCGACAUGUUCUUCGUGCACCAGCGCGGAAAGGCGCUGUCGUUCUACCUCUUCGGGCAGCAGCUGGGCUCCAUUCUCGGCCUCAUCACCGGCGGCAUCAUCGCUGACGGCCCCGGCUGGCGCUGGUCGCAGUACAUCGUGGCCAUCAUCAACGGCGGCGUGCUCGUCCUGCUGUUCCUGACCUUCGAGGAGACGACGUUCCCGCGGUUCUUGUUCUACCGCGCAGAAACGCUGCCGACGACCGUGCCUGUCGCUCCCGCAACAGCAGCAGAUGACUCGCCGCUCGAGCACGACGAGGAAGACUUGGACGCAAAGAAGGGCUUCGAUGCGAAGCUGAAGCUGAAGCAGUCGCGGACGUCGAACACCGAGGUCGGCGAGAUCUUGCCGGACUUUCCGAAGCGGACGUGGCGCCAGCAUUUGGUGCCUUGGACGUACCAUCUUGAGGACAAGACGACGUACUGGCAGUACUUCCGGCGGCCGUUUUUUCUGUUUGCGUUCCCUAACGUCGUUAUCUCCGGCUUCAUCUUCGCCUUCGGCUGCACCGCGGGCAUUGUCUCCUUCAACACCAUCUCCGAGAUCCUGACCGAAGCGCCCUACAACUGGAGCACAACCUCAACAGGCUUAAUCUUCCUGGCCGCGCUCGUCGGGAACUUUAUCGGCUGGGCGACGGGGCUUUUAAGCGACAAAAUCGUGCUCGCGUGCGCUCGGCGCAACGGCGGCGUCAAGGAGCCCGAGAUGCGGCUGUGGACGCUGGGGCUGAGUUUUGUUUAUGCUGGUGUAGGGUAUUUUUUGUAUGGCUGGGGCGCGCAGAGGGGCGCGCAUUGGAUGGCGGUCGCGGUGGGCGUCGCCGGCAUGAUUGCGCAUCAGGUCUCGGCGUGUGGGGUUGCGAUGGCGUAUGCAGUUGACUGUUUUGGGGGCAUCUCGGGCGAGCUCGUCACCGUCCUCGCCAUCUGCUCCAGCUGCAUCAACUUCGCCAUCUCGUACAGCGUGCAGCCGCUCAUCAACCGCGUCGGCUACGGCUGGGCCUUUACCUUCUUCGGGCUGUGCGUGCUCGUGUGCACGGGCGGGGCGGGCGCCGCGCUCGCCGUGUGGGGGAAGGUGUGGCGCCGGCGGGGGAGGAGGCGGUAUGUGGGCUUUCUUGAGGAGAGGGGAAGGGCGGGGGCGGGGGCGUAGGUGCGUGCGUAUUUGUGUGGGUGUGGUGUGUUUGGGGUUUGGAGGGGUUUGUGUGUUGUUGUGAUGUGGUUUUGGGGAAGGGAGGGAAAAGGGUUCGUAGUGGUACACAACAAGCACUGUUUCCGCACCUCGACGACGGGCGCCGCUGUGCCGUGGUGGCGUAGACCAGCGGGUUUGCGCGGUGAUGGCCUGCUUCGCCAGCUUGGUGCGGCUGCUGGGGGGGAGAGGGCGUG